UACCAUGAAACUGGUCAGCAACUCCCAUUUAACAAAAAGAAAAUUAUGGUAAAAAUAAGUGAGGUGUCCUCAGAGAAACGAAAAAGCAUUGUUUAUUUGCACACACUGGGACACUCUGUUCGUCAGAUUAGCAAGAAAAUCAAUGUGCCAUCCUCCACAAUUCAAUAUAUUAUCAGAAAGUUCAAAAAUGAUGGCCUCAUUACCGAGAACAGAAGACGCUCGGGCAGACCCAGAAAGACCAAGGCAAGGUCCAUAACUCAUGAGGAGCACAUGUCCAGGGUGUUUGACGAGGUGAUGGGGCUGGGAGACUUCGCCGACUCCUCCAGGGGCUCCAAUGCAUCCUCCAAGAGUGGUGAACAGGACGAGACGAAGGGAGUGGACCAAACUUCAGGACAAGAGGAGCAACAACCCAUGGAGGAGGAGGAGGAGGUAGAGGAGGAGAAUAGCAACUGCAGCAGGAAAGAAGAAAAGAUAGACAAAGGGGCGGGCGAGUCAUCACUUCCUCGCAUUGCCUCGCCCACCUCUGACCCACAGGAUUCUUUUAAAAUGGGGAGCAGCGACGGGGGAGGUGGACGAGGAGGAAGCGGGGCGGCAGCGUUUGAUGACGCGCUGGAUGGCCUUCCUUCAUUUGGGCAGGAGGAAGAUGAUGAAGACUGGCACUUUGCCCUGCCCAUGGGCACCCUGGAGGAUGUAGACGUGGAUAAGGCCGGCAGGAAAAGUACCCAGCAGGCGAACAGCGAAGCUCCGAGCAAUACCUUCGGUUCUGAGCCAAAAGUAGGGGAGGAGGAGGAAGAGGAGGAGGAGCAAGAAGAGAGGGCAGGGAGCACCGGUUCCGCCAACACCUUCCACUCGUCACAAGACAACAGCAGAGAUGCAGGCGUCUUGAACCAGACAGAGGAGACGGAAGACAGUGAACAGGAAGAGACGUCAGAGGCAGCUCCGGUGGAGGACAGCAAUACCCCGAUCUCGCCGAGUGUGAAUAUAAAAGAGGAACCUAUUGAUGAAGGCUACGAUGCUGCGUUAUUGCCUCAGAGCUCCAUCAGACAGAUCAAAGAGGAGCUCGAACACCAGGAGGAGGAGCUGAGGAUCAGCUCCGUCUUCUCCGUAGGUGGAGGCAACACCUUUGCCUCUCCUACCAUGCCAGCAGCAGUCCCAGCCCCAGCUCCGACUGCCAUUUUUAUCCCUGGUAGAGGAGCUGUCCUACAAGCCAUGGCUCCCCUCCCCAUCAGACCUCCAGUUCCACUCCCAACUUCACUACCAGCUCUGACACCAAUACCGCCACGCCCACCACAACCCCCAGUUCCUGGUAGCGUUCGCUGCAGCGGCUGCUCUAAGGUUCUGCUGAAAGGUCAAACAGCUUUCCAGAGAAAAGGAUCAACGCAGCUCUUCUGCUCCACCGUAUGUCUGACAGGCCAUCUUCCUCUGCCCACUAAAAACCGAAGCUGUUUCCAGUGCAACAGGGAGAUUGUCCAGCCCAGGGACAUGAUCACGAUCCCAACAGACGACAGCACCUUCAUGCACUUUUGCGGCCAGUUCUGUUUAUCCGUCUUUAGACACAAGAAGAAACAGACUGACAAGCUUCCUGACAAAUGGGUCGAUAAACGAGUGGAGAGAAAGCCAGAGAAGCCGCCAGAGAAACCAGCAGACCGCCAGACUGACAGACCCUUCUGUAGUGUCUGUAAAGUCUCCAACAAGCCGAUUGAGCACGAGGUCACCCAUCAAGGCCGCCUACACAGACUCUGCAGCGAUGCUUGCUUUGUAACCUGGCGCAAGAUACGUCAGUUAGCCAUGAACUGCUGCGAAGGCUGCGGUCUUUACUGUAACACCAAAUCAGGUUCCUGUCAGACGCUCACAAUCGAAAGGUCUCAGCUCAACUUCUGUGGUCCCACCUGCAUUAGCACCUACAAACAGACCUGUAGAAAGACAACAGAGUGCGCGUACUGUCACAAGACAGUGGUCGUAUCCACCACCAUCAUGGAACGAGACCAGAAGGGCAAAGUUCAGCUUUACUGUUCAGUGGUCUGCGUGGAACAGAGUCGACCACCUCAGCAUAAUCUCACUGGUACUCCAUUCCCAUGUUCCCUGUGUAAAGUGACCGCCGUUCCUCAGUAUCACCUGGCCAUGGUGGACGGCACCAUACGUAACUUCUGCUCCUACACCUGUGUGUCUAUCUUCAGGAAAUCUGGCCACAUAUCCCAGCCAGACCUGACCAAUGGAGCCUCUUCUCUCAGGGACCCCUCCGUCAGAGAUGCCCCCAAACCGGGGCCUUCUGCCGGAGCCAGCUCAGUCCCUCCCGUCCCUCAGGAUUACCCAUCCUCAGUUCCCUAUCCAGGCAAUCAUCCCAGUCAUACCUCAGUGCCCCCACUAGUGCCUCCCCAUCCAGCCAUCUCCUCCUCCCCUUCUGUGCCGGGACAAACGCAAGCCGGUCAGCCACUGAAACCGGCAGAGGGUCGGCUAGGUGACACCUCCAAACUGACCUGUCAUCAGUGCAGCAAACAGUUCAACACCAAGCCGCUAUUAUUCAGUCACCAGGGUCGAAUUUCUGUGUUCUGCAGUAAGAUGUGCUGUGAGCAGUAUAAAACCCACAAAAAUAUCCUUGCUGUGUGCGAGUGGUGUAAGCAGGAUAAGGUGAUCUUUGACACCAUCGCCUACAACCAGCAGGACCUGGUCUUCUGCAGUGAAAACUGUAAGCUGCUCUUCAAGCAUGACCUGACUUCUCGUAGCAAGGAGCAUGCCUGGCGUCCCUGCACCUACUGCUCUGGCAUUGCGCAGAAGAUGCUGCACAGUCACUACGGAGGCAAGCUGGAGGAGUUCUGCAGACCGCACUGCAUGUCCCAGUACACUGUACUCUACUACGGGAUGGGUCGGUGUGACAGCUGCAGGAAGCAGGGCUACAUGACGGAGAAGCUGCAGUGUUUGGGUUCGGUGCGUAACUUCUGCAACCUGCCCUGCCUACAGCAGUACUGCCACCUUCACUUUGAGACGAGCCAACACAGCAGCAGUAAUGGGACGGCGCCACAGACACCAUAUGCUCCAGCUCCAACCCAACCCCACCACUCCUCAAAGAUGAAUCCAGUCAUAGCUGAUGUCGUCUCAUUGGCCAACGGCUCCGCCACGCAGCCCAGCGUGUCAGCAGAUACCACUCUGACUGGAGCUCUACCAACCUCCAAUGUAGACGGCAAGAAUCUCGACCACGCCAGUACCCAGACCGAUGCCAUGCGUGUGCCUUCAUCCCGUCGACGUCAGAUGAAGAACAAGUCCGUUCUGUGCAGGCCCUUCACCAUGGACCAAGAGAGCAUGUGCCAGCUGCCUUCCACUGAAUCAGGAGCAGCAGGAGAGGAGAACGUGAAGGUGUUAAUGGUUCCAGUCCCAGUGCCGGUCUUUAUUCCAGUGCCUAUGAACAUGUAUUCCCAGCACACACCUGUUCCACUGCCUAUGCCCAUGCCUGUUCCAGUACCCAUGAUGGUUCCACCACUGAACAAGGACACGAAAGAUGCAGCUGUCCAGUCAGAGGCGUCUUUGGUGGAGGAAGAAACUCAAAGAGAUGAGUCCGGUGCAGACCAGAACACCUCUGAGAGUGGAGACAUGAAGUCUGAAGUGGUCGCUCCCACAAUCCCUCAUCACGCGGAAACUCUGAGGGAAGAAGAAGACCAAGCUGACCUACCACUCACUCAGAUUUCAGAGAAGAAUCCAGAGGCAGCUGAUCCAGAGCCGGAGACGAGCCAAAUCACAACCGACCCUCCUGCCAGCUGUGCCGACGAUCAACCACCAACCUCCCCGAUGAUGGACUUGGAAAAUGACUUCCCUUCUAAGUCGCUGGAUCAGAAGUCAUGUGCUCCACAGCGAGGAGUGAAGAGACCCAGAGAGGGCUCGUCCGGCCGGAAACGGGGUCGGAGGCGGACUGGUUCUCUGGAGCGUGGCACAGCCAUGGCACCUUCUGCCGCCUCCAAACUGAACCACCUGUACGGGGUUAAAGCCUGGAGAAGCUGGGUCCAGCAACGCAACAAGCAGCCACAAAAAUCCGAUCCAGUUGAAGUGAAAGAAGACGUCCUUGACUGCAACUCCGCUGAGCUGAGCUUUGGUCUGUCUUGCUUCAUCAAAGAAGUGCGACGGCCCAACGGAGAGCCCUACAGCCCGGACAGCAUCUUCUACCUCUGUCUAGGGAUACAACAGCAUCUGUUUAUGAUGGGUCGCAUAGAGAACAUCUUCACCGACCAGCUGUACAAUCAGUUUGCCUCCGAGAUCUCUGGGAUGCUUCAACUCUGGAAACCAAAACUACUACCUAGUGGUGGCGUUGUUUCCUCCCGUGUCGAGGAGUCCUACCUGUGGGAGUGUAAGCAGCUGGGCGCCUACUCACCCAUAGUGUUGCUCAACACCUUGCUCUUCUUCUGCACCAAAUACUUCCACUUCAACACCGUGGAGAAGCACCAGCGCCUGUCUUUUUCCAACUUCACCCGCCACUCUAAACCCUGCAGCCGAGCUGGCAAAGUCUACUACCUCCGAUUCCAGAGAAGCAGCACCAGCGCGCCCAGCUCUGAAGAGACAGAACGACUCAGAAAAAGGCAGACGGAGAACGAGGGGGACCUGGAGAUGAUGGAGAACGUCACCAACCCUCUGCACUGUCCUGUCCGACUCUAUGAGUUCUACCUCUCCAGAUGCCCGGAGUCUGUGAAGAAAAAGACCAACAUGUUUUACCUGCAGCCGGAACAGAACGUCCACACACACAGUCCCCACUGGUACACUUCUCAACCAUUGGAUGCCGCCACUCUACAGAGCAUGCUCACUCGCAUCUUGGCUGUCAGAGAGGUUCAGCAGGAAGAGGAAGCAGUGGUUCUCGCAUCCUCAUCUGCACCUGCCGAAUGUGGCGGCUUACAGUGAUGCCAAGCGGCGCUCGUCCCGCUCAGAGUCCCCUGAAUUAAAACUGUGCUCAUCGGUCACAUCAGGCGGAGGCUGACAGGGAAAGGGAGCGAACAGAGACGCGAUGAACGGGCGCUUCGGGUUUGUUACCUCAGCAGCAGUCACAGAAACGCACAACGAGUUUACAAACAUCUGAUGUUAUUAGGCAGGACAAAGGGAAUGUCUCACACAGCUUUCAGUGGCCGGCAUGUCAGAUGUGCUUUUUAUUUCAGAUACAGACUGGUGAGAGGUGACGCCCAUCUGAGUUGUCUUAUUAGUGUCCCCUUAUUUUGCUUCAACCCUUUCUGUGGAGAAUAGUGAACCCGACGCAGACGGUUGCCUCUCUGGCAACACGUCACAUGAUCGAUAACAGCAUUUUGAGCAGAUACUGUUGUGUUUGUGUGCACUGCUGCACCUCAGUUAAAGUGACUGCUUUUUCCAGAUCGUUCCCUGGAAGCUCCGUUCUGUCCCAUAGCGACCCUAGAACUUAAUUUUGAGGAAGAUGAUGAAGUCACAGAGAGCCAGGUGUGACGAGAAGGGCGGAUGCUGAGAAAAGCUUGUGCUGGCGUGACUGGUGAAUGAUGCCACUGGCUUUCAGAUUUAUCUAGAAGUUUCUGCAACUGUUUCUUCUCGUUAUGAUUUCCUGUCAUUUUUACCACAUUUUUACCAGAUCUACAACAAAAAGAUGGUCCCAGUCCAACUGGAAAGUGUUUAUCCAUUUGUACAGAAACUGGUUGGGGGUGCUCAUGCUAAAUCCCUAAAAUAAUUAUUUACACCUGCUGCUAGACAAAAAAAGAAAUACUCGCCGUAUUCAGAGCAGCUGGUUAUAGUGCCAUUCUUCGUUCUUCUUCCUCUUAUCCAGGGCUGGGUUGUGGGGGGGAACAGCCUAAGCAGAGAAACCCAGACCUCCCUCUCCCCAGCCACCUCCUCCAGCUUACCUGGAGCUGAGGCGUGUCCUGGGUCCAGCCCGCGGCCUCAUCCUGGUAGGACAUGCCGGGCGCACCUCACCUAGGAGGCUGUGGAUAUCAUAAAGUGUUACUUUGACAUCCCAAAUACUCACAGAAAUCUGAUUAUUAGGGAUUAAAAUUUAGUUUUAUGCAUUAUUUCAGCCCCUAAUGUCCCAAAAAUGGAAAAAUUUCCAGAAGAAAUUGUGAAAUGUACUAAAUGUGCUAUACUAAAAAUAGCAAAAUUUAGAGAAAAUAAAUGAAAUUUAGGCCCAUUGCAAAGGCCGCUACAAGUCUACAGCGGCCGUGUGAACCAUACGUUGUCCUAAAGCUUGUAACGGGACUUCCAGGGAGAGAUCCAAGAAAAGCCAAAAUUCAAACUUUGAAGGGGAGAUGGGCCAAAUGUCAGGUGUGUUUUUUUAAAAUAUAUUUUAUGGACAGACCUUCUACUCACACCUUGUAUUUUAAUCAGUUAAACUGCAUUACAUGUCGAGUGUAAUCCCUGCAUCAUACCCAUCACUUUGGAUGUGGAUGACUCUUAAUGGUUGAGAUCUGAUUAAAACUUUAAAGUGGACCUGUUCUGCUCCUUUACUAAAAUAGCUUUGCAUGAUUCGCAGUUCAAAGUAAGCAACCCAGAAUCAAAGCAAAACAUGUAAUAGAGACGCUGGUCCACCUUGAUCAUUUCACGCUUUGCCUCUCCAAAAUGUGAAAUGGACACACCUGCAGAAGUUGCAUUACCAGCAGGGGGAGAUAAUGUAUUUAAAGCCACAAAGCAAGAAACGUAUGAAGUACAUUCCAGGGUCCUUAAUCUUCAGAAUCGAUUUAGCCGGGGGGCUAAUGUGUAUAUACAUGUAAAUGUGUUAAUAAUGUCUGUUUAAACACUUUCCCGUGAUUAUUUUCAUGUUGGUUGAAAUAAAAUAUCUCCCUCUGCUGUUACUGCAACUUCUGCAUGCGUGUACAUUUCAUGUUUUGGAGAGGCAAAGCAUGAAAUGGUGGACCGUGAUAUCAGGUUGAAAUAAGCCAUCUCUGUCUUGCUUAAGUAGCUCCUCCCAAUUUAGCCCAGCUAUCCUCUCAUUGGCAGCUCCCUGUAAAGAGAAAGUGGGCGGAGUCUCUGUUCUCACAGCCAGAAGCUUGUGUCAGAGCUUUACGCUCUCACUGGGUUCGUAAUCUUGCACAGACUGGCCAUCAUUAAAAUAAUAACCCGCUACUGUAACAGUCUAUUUUGCUAUAAGAGCAAAAUAGGUCCCCUUUAAUAUUCAUCAGUGUAAUCCUUCUGGUAAUAGCAAAAAACGCACAGUGCCUCUCAUGUUUUCUUCUUUUUUUAAUGAAUUAUAGUUAAUUAUAGAAUUAUAAUAUAGUUCCCCCAUUUAUUUAUUUAUUCAUAUAUAUGUCCCAUGUGGCCUUAUUUCACUGCUAUGAACUUUCCAUUUUCCGUGCUGUAGGAGAAUCCGUUGAUAUUUUCUUUCUCCUUCUUGCAGUGAACGGCUCACUACGAGUAUAUAAUCGGCUAAACUCUCAAACCCCGAGGCUGACUUUCCCUUGUCUCCUUUCUUUCCCCUCCACUUCAUCCCCUCUGUCCUUCUUGUUUUUCACUCCUAACACCUGGUUCCUAACUUAAGGAGUUGGCAGAUUUUAGAAGAGCAGCAGACAAAUCAAAAGUAUAAAAACAAUACUCUUACUAACUCCUAAACCGGAGGUUUUCUGUAUUUUAACACUCUUUGUGUGCUUUCCUUUGUUUGGAGUUUUCUGUGAGAGACUUUUGAUGAGGAAUGAACUCUGUGGUUCUUUUAUCUUUGUUGCCACACCCAGGCAUGUCUCCACAUGCUGGACAUUAUUAGGCCUAAACCCAAUUGUUUUGAUUGUAUUUUGCUUCUUUUUUUCACUCUUUGAACUUCCUUUCAUGAGCAGUUCACAGUUCUGCUGGUUGAGCAAGAACUUAAGGAAAACCUCUGGGAUAAGCUGGGGUGUGUUGCUCCGUUGACCUAAUGAAAAUAUGAAUUUGUUCGUUCUCGUCGUGGACGUCGGGGAGCGGGUGCGUUCAUACAGCCUUUGUUGUUACUCAUUUUGUUGUUGUUGAUGGAUGGAUGGGUGUUGCGGUUUAAACUAGCCCCUGGCUGACAUUUUCCAGCACUUACAGUGUUUACUGAUGGUGAAUUAACACACACUCACACACAGACUGUCGAGCAUAACUGUCACCAUUACUGGUGUAAAUGAAAUAUUACUGUCUCAAUAUUACAGCUGCUGUCUGAAGCCUUUUUUUAUUUUAUUUUUUUCCUCAUGAUUUUUCACUGAGAAGUGGCCCAAAGAUGGUGUGAUGUUUUAUGUCAUGCACAAAAUGCUGAACUGCCAUUAAGUAUUUAAAAAACGACAACAAAUAAAACAAAAUCCAUCGUAUUUCUUUUUCUUUUUUUUUUGCCAGGUGAAAGGUUUGUUCCGUUUUCAAACAUCAAUUCAUAAAAUAAAAGAAUGAAAUGUGAACAAA